AUGUCUGUCCUCUAUGGGGGACAUGAUCCGCUGGUGCCGGGAAAACCACGUACUCACGUACCUGGAAGGCUUUCCGCGAGCGCAUGGCUUCCUUCCAAAAGAAGUGAAGUCCGAGGUGGCACGGAGCGAUGGAGCGUGCCCAACCCUGACUCAUGGAAUCGGGAUGUCCUCUAUGGUGGACAUGAUGCCGUGGUGCCUGGGAAACCACGUACUCACGUACCUGGAGGGUUUCCGCGAGCGCAUGGCUUCCUUCCAAAAGAAGUGAAGGCCGAGGUGGCACGGACCGUUGGAGCGUGCCCGAACCUAACUCAUGGAAUCGGCGAUGAAAGAGAUAGCGAUGGGACUCGAAUAAAAGCGGUGGACGGGACGAUUCAAGGCUCUGGGCUCGACCUCGACGACCGAGGACAGACUGAUUCGCCUACGUCACGAUUCCGACUUCCUACUCCGUUCGUUUUUUUCGUUCAACUGGUUGAACUGAAAAAGCGUCAUCAGCCCAUUUUCAGUCAUCUUUUCGGCGGACAAGGAGCAGCUCAAGCAAGCAAUCAGGAUGGGAAAGCGCAUGGCCUGUCAACUGAGACAGCAUGA